GGCUCGGGCAAGCGCUUCCGGCUGGACGAGGCGGUCGGUUGUAAACAUCCAGAUCCCACUUGGAAGUUGGAUUGGGGCCUCACCGGAUCGGGUCCUCCCAGAGCGACGGACACCAUGUCCUUCCUGGAGUGCUACAUUGCAGUGAAGCUAGCUGACCAGCCUCUGGCUCCCAAAUCCAUCCUGCGGCUGCCGGAAACCGAGCUGGGAGAGUGCCCGCUGGGCCGCUGCAGCAUCUCAUACCUGAAACAGCUCAUCACGGGCAAGCUCCAGGAAUCGAUCCCUGACCCGGAACUCAUUGACCUGAUCUACUGUGGUCGCAAGCUGCGAGAUGAUCAGACGCUUGAGUUCUACGGGAUCCAGUCCGGUUCCACUGUCCACGUCCUCCGCAAAUCCUGGCCCGAGCCGGAACAGAAGCCAGAGCCAGUGGAUAAAGCCACGGCGGUCCAGGAGUUCCGGGCCCUGCACAGCACCCUGCACAGCCGGCCCGUCUUCAGGGAUUCGGUCUUCAAGAUGCUGAGCAACAAGGAGUCGCUGGAUCAGAUCGUCGUCGCCACCCCCGGCCUCAGCAACGACCCAAUUGCUUUGGGUGUCUUACAAGAUAAGGACCUUUUCUCCAUCUUUGCUGACCCGACUAUGUUGGACACGCUCAUCCCAACCCAUCCUGCUUUGGUGAAUGCCAUUGUCUUGGUCCUCCACUCGGUGGCAGGAAGCACGCCCUUGCCCACGGGGGAGACCUCCUCGCGAAGCGCCCCUUCCAGCUCCUACCGUGACAUGCCAGGCGGCUUCCUCUUCGAAGGUCUCUCCGAUGAUGAAGACGAUUUCCUUCAGAGCGCGCGGACCACCCCGUCCAGCAGCGCCUCGGGGUCCCGCCCGGCCUCGCUGGGCUACACCGGGGCAGCCGGCCCGCGGCCCAUCACGCAGAGUGAGCUGGCGACGGCCCUGGCCCUGGCAAGCACCCCGGAGAGCAGCUCGCACACUCCCACCCCCGGGACGCAGGGGCACUCCUCGGGCACGUCCCCCCUGUCCUCCAGCGUCCAGUCGGGAACCCCCAUCACCAACGACCUCUUCAGCCAGGCCCUGCAGCAUGCCCUGCAGGCGUCCGGCCAGCCCAGCCUGCAGAACCAGUGGCAGCCGCAGCUGCAGCAGCUGCGGGACAUGGGCAUCCACGACAAUGAGCUGAGCCUCCGGGCGCUGCAGGCCACGGGGGGCGACAUCCAGGCCGCCCUGGAGCUCAUCUUUGCCGGGGGAGCCCCCUGACCCCCUCCGGGAGGGGACCCCUGCGUUGCGGCACCGGUGCUCGGGCCCGUCCUGCCGGCGUGCUGGGCUCCAUCCUCCCCGCCUCCGAGCCCCCGGAGCCGUUCCGGUGGCCGCCCUCGUGCUCCUGAGCAAAGCAGCGGAGAGACGGCGGCGAGAGGCGCUCUGGGCCUUGGGAAGAAAUUCAGGCAGAAAGGCCGCUGCGUCCGGCUGCCGGGCAGGGCCCAGGGCUGCGGGGGGUGGGCAGCACCCCUCCCUGGAGACAGCGGGCUCCUGCCCGGUCUAGGCUGGUUGCAGAGGAACAGCAGCCCCGCGUCAUCGUCCGUGGCGUGUGCCCUCCCGCCGCUCGCCACUCUCGAGGUGCCGCUGGUUUAGUGGACUCGCAAGCCGUCCGAAUAAAGCUGCCCUUCCCUA